AUGGCUUCAUCUUGUGGAUGCAAGUCUGGAGAGCUGGACAGACGCCAAAAUUCUCAUCCGCAAACUGACGAUGUCGGAACUGCCGGAGAGUCUAGUGUUGAGUGUGAGGCAACAGGGUUGGAUUGCGAUUUGCCACAGAAGAACGAGGCGAAACAAUUGCCUCAUAUGAAGCCUUCCCCCGAGCCAGGUCCCAUCGAUGCUGCACUGCAGUAA